AUGAAUUUGAUGUUUCGGAAGAACUUCAGUGGGGAGAAGAGCAUCAGUAGCAGCGGGGGUGGGGGGAAGGCGCGAGGGGCACUCGGUGCAGGAAGGAAUGCCAAACGGCGCGAACGCGACCGGUACUCCUUCAUGGAGGAUAAUCACUACAAGACGCUCAAAACGCAUCUGUUCCUAUCAGCGGCGCCUCGAUCGAGCACUCAGUACAACGAUGGCACAGAAAGAUGUGGGCCCGUGCUGGGCGGUGGGACCGGGCCGGAACCGGAGCCGCCGCAACCUCUGAUCACACGCGAGCCAUCGGUCUCGCUCAUGCGAUGGGACCGGCCCACCAGCAAUGCCACUGUCGACCGCCGCCGAACAGAGCCUGUAUCACUGGCGACUCUAGAGAGAGAUUGUUUCGUGAUACCGGCCCAUGCGCUUGAUCGCUUUCUGCCUGACGGCGUGCCGCUUCCAGUGCCACCACCGACACCUGAUAAAGGAGGCAUGACAAAAAUAGUUCAAAGCUCCUUGAGUAUACUGGAAGUCGCUGAUCCUAAGUUAUGUAUUUUAGCCCAUCUUAUGAGUCCGCUAGAGCCUAUAGAGCCUAUAUUAGAAUCACCACUCGCUAAACCUCUGAUAAAGCAAAAGAUGGCUGCCGGUGAAUUGUUAAAUGAUGUGGCACAAGCAAACACAGCAGUGGGCGGAAUGUUACUGGCCAACAUGGAAAAGAAUGCCGAAUUCCCAUUUAUAUCGUAUUAUGUGAUAAAUACAACGCAAACAGACCCAUUGUUGUUUUACAACAAUAUGCGAAGUGCUUCCCUAAAUAAGUUUGACCCGAAGGCGAUGAGGUACUCUGCUGCGCAUACUCUUGAUCUAUACAGUGAAGUGGCGAUGAUCUGCAGACCGCCCUUCAACGAUUUAGCAGGAGGGCCAAAGAAAUCUCAUACACCUACCACAGGUUUCAUCAUUAGUGUUUAUAAGGUUUUCGAAGGCGAUGACGGUGAACGGUUCGAAAGGAACUGGCUGUACUGGACCGGUGCUCGUAUGCUCUAUAGACAUCUUCCGCAUUCGGUAGGCAUGAGGAAGAUAGCCCUUCACAAAUCUGUCGCCUCUCACGGUGACAAGAUGUACUUACUGGUGUGCGAGUGUGCCAAUUUGUUGGACGACUUGUCAGGCGCUGCGAUGUUGGUGACGGCUCUGAGGGCACGUCUCUGUGGCUAUACCGGCCUUUAUCGGCCAAUUCAAACUUUCUAGUAGAGGGACCCGGCCCCUACAGGCCUUUGUGUUGUUUUAUAACUCUGAGGGUUUCACAAGGAUCUAAUCUUGGACCAUAAAGUUUCUUCUUUAUUUUCUAAAAAUUCGUAUAAAAUUAUUGUUAGCAAUUUAAGACCACAUUAAGCGGCGUAAUUUAAGUAUAUCAAAUUCAUAUACAGUAUCUGUUUUACAUCAACAUAUAUGUUGAUACUUAGUUUGGCAAUCAAAAAUACUAUAUUGCAACAAAUUGCGAUCAAUUAAAUUCAAAGGUCCUCAGUGUGAGCUGUUUUGGUAACAGGUUAUAUAUUAUAUUCAUCGCACAGCACAAGUUGUGAAAAAAAUGGACCAAACUAAUUUUAUGUAAUUGUAAAAGCAUUAAAAGAUUGUUUGAACGCGAGAGUGUCUCUAGCAGAUGUGUUUUACAAUUAAACGUCAUCUGAUUCUUUAAUACGUGUUACGUGUUCAUUUACAUUAAUAUAUUCACUCGGUGUGAUACAUACAACUAAUUUCAUUAUAACGUUAUCGAGUUCAAGUUAUGUGGUCAAUCUUUAGAUAUAGUUAAAUUAUCUUACAAUUGACAGAAAGAAUUAAAAUAUCUAGUUAUGUUUAUUGGUACAACUUUUUUGUUAAUUAUUAUUUAGUUUUGAGUCCCUAAUUGAUCUGUAUCUUUCUCUUAGUGCUUUCAACGAUGACGAGGAAUAGUCUUCCACUCAAGGACAGUACAAGAUAUUUUCUCAGAUAUUUCCAAAAUAUUUAACUGGUAGUUCCUUACAUAUCUUGUGAUACAUAUCAUGUUAUAUUAUUGAGUUUAUAUCAUUGAUUUUGUUAAUCUGUGAUCAAUGAUACUUCUAAAUAAAAAUCGUCAUUAUCAGAUUUUUUGAACAAACAAAAUCAAUCCGUAAUCUAUAAGUUGAGCUAACUGGGUCUUUGAUCCGGCGAUUUCAUUCUCUAUAUAAGAAGUCUCAUUCUAUCGACCGCAGUUAAUCGAGCUUUAGGGACUUUACGAUGAACUUACAAACGCAAUGCAAUUGCAAUCGCAUAACAGAUUCAAACAAAGGAUCACAUCAUUUUGACAGUAUUAAUUUUAAUUAUAUGCCUAACUUAAUCAAUUAAUAAUAAGUUAUUAUUAAUUGAUUAAGUUAGGCAUAAUAACAAAAUGUAUUUGCUUACUGAAAAAAAAAUGUAAGUUUUUUUUUUUUUAAUUUGGUGUUUUUAUCCAUAUGGAUAUGUCAAUCCAAUAAAUAUUGUAAGUUAUCCCGAUAAUAUCUUACUUAUAUAACAGUAAAUAUAUAUCUGUAUAACUCUUUCAUUAGGAGAAAUAUGUUUCCGUAAACUAAAUGUAUAAUUUACAUUAUAAAUAUGUACGAGACCAAACUAUAAAUAAUAUCUACUUUUAAAGUUAAUAAUGAUGCACAUAAAAUAAGGAGUUGGCUUAUAAAAUAUUAACGUUAAAAUUUAAAUCGAAGUUAGUAUUAUAUUGCAAGUGCCACAACAAUAUUAUCGCUAGUUUAUUAUAUUUAAUAUUAUAUAUAGAUAGGUGAACAUUCGUUAUAAACACAAGAAAACCUUUAUAAUUUUAAGUCGACGUAGAAUAUAAACUUAUCUGUAUUUAUAUAAGAGUUUUAUGCUUAUUACUAUAAAACUACGACAUUUAGCAACUUUUCACACAAUAUGUUCAAUUCAUGCACGAUACAUGUCCUGUAUUAAUCCAAUAGCCAAAAAGUCUUACGUGCACUAUUUUAAUUUUUCUGUCUUACUAUCAAUAUGAGAAUAUCGGAGUUCACAGUACUGCUUAAUUUUAUUUAGGGGCCGUCCAUUAAUGUCGUGAGCUUCGAAAGAGGGGGGGGGGGGGGAGAAGGGUUCGUAAAAAUCACGAAGUAUCACAAGGAGGGAGGGGGUGUAGUAAUAUAUAACGUGAAUUAAUUUUUUCCCGAAACGCGCGAUUAUUAAACCGAAAAGCGGCGUCAAAAAUUAAGAAUUUUGUAGAUACUGAAAAAUACACGUGAUUUGGGUGGUGGGGUGAGGUUAGUCUUAAACCUCGACAUGUAGGAGGGGGAGGGAGGUUAAAUAUUCGAAAUAAAUCAUCACUUGAUUAACGGACGGCCCCUUAAGUACUAAUGAAUUAUUUUAUUUUUCCUUUAAUUGAUGGAGCAGCAAUAACAAUAUGCCCGCGGAGCGGAAUAAAAGAGUAGGCCACUGCAAAUAUUCUACACGAGUUUCGUAGCUUUGCGCCUUUAGUAGAACAUCCAAACCAACCGCCGAGUGAACCGAAACACUUUUAAUGCUCGCUUGUGCAGUGCACGUCUUUAUUUGCGUCUGAUGCACUGGCGUAUUUUAUUUAUCUGUGUUUGUAAGUUGCUAUAUACGGUAGUUUUAUAGUAAUUACAAUGGAAUUGCCUAAUCUUAUUAAAUAGGCACUUCUGCUUUUCAUCUUGAAUGAUCCCUUAGAUUUAUAGUGCAAAAAUAAUCAAUAGUCACUAUUUUCAUUCUCUAUUUUCAAAAAGAACAUAUUAUUUUGCUACGGUGCUAAUUUUAGGCUUUUGCUUUAAUAACUAACACAUUUUAUAAAAUGUAUUACAAAUAAAUAGAUUCCUGUAAUUUCACCUUAUUCAAAAAUUAAUUAAUUCAUAUUAUAAACAAUUACUAUGAAUUGUAGGCAUUGUAAAUAAUUACGUCAAAAAUCCUAAUGAAAAACAGUAAUUAAAUUACUAGAUUAUUUCUUAAAAAAGAAAAGGCGCAUAAGGAAUUUACAUAAAAAAAAUUGUAAAUAAGAAAGGGUUUUGAAUAUUUUGGCUGUCAUUUUCUUCUUUUUUUUUCCAAUUAAAAAUAAUCUGUGUUGUUGCAUGCGUAACAUAACAAACUCGAAAAAUGCUUUGUCUAUACGAAACGUCACUUUUCUCCGGUCGAGAGGGUGAGAACGUUCUAGAGUUCGUCAUGCUACACGUGCCAAUGAAAGUUACACGUUAUUUUUAUUGAAAUAAGAUUUAUAAAUUUUUUAUCGUAAGUCCGGUCAUCGGCGGCAUUGGUAGAUAUGUUCUGCGCAAGGAAAAAUAACCAUAUGCCGUAUUAAUAGGAACUAUUUGCAACUUACUGUAACAUCAAUGUAAACAUGAGACAAUGUCCUAUAAUAAAAUUGCUUAAAGAAUGUAAACAUGAGACAAUGUCCUAUAAUAAAAUUGCUUAAAGUGUGACACAUGUAAUAAUGUUGCAUAACAAAAUAUUCUUACCCCUUUUCUAUCUUCGAAUUAUUAAAAUGGCCAAUAGAGAUGUUUCAUACUUAUAUGUCUCCAAAAUGCAGUCAUCAAACAGUGAACGGUGAAUUCUUAUACCUGAUCAAAGUUCAUUAAAUGUAAGACAGCUUUAAAAAGUGUAUUCAUUGUUUGAGAGUUGUAUAAAAGAGGUUAUAAUAUAGAACAAAUACAGUAUAAAACCAUGGGAAUGAUGAACAGAAUAUAUAAAGAAAUUUUAAGUUAGAUUGUAAGUUUUGUUAUUGAAUAAAUAUAAUAGAUGAUUUUGUUGUAAGCUUAAAAGCUUAUUUGCAAUAACGAGCUGAGCUCAUAGAUUAUAGAAGUUUAAUUGAAUUUCAAUUAUUUUUAUAAUAAAAAUCUAAACUGG